CUUCAUUCCCGACCACUGGCCCCACGGCUCAUACCCCUAGCCAUCUUCCUCAAGAAGGCUGAGCAAGCUUGAGAUCGUCGAUCGUCGCUUGUGCAUCUUACGUCUCGAACUCAUUUGCGAUACGCUCUGGCGCGUUCAUCCAUCCCUUUCUCUUCCUCCUUUGACGACAAGGACCACUCGACUUCGCGUCGCCAUGUCAGCUCCACCACAAGACCAUCGCCGUGAUCGCUCACGUUCAAGCUCAGCAGCGUCACGGCGCUCACGCUCAUCGGAGACUAUGGGCCUCGAUGGUGGUGAGGCAGGGAGGAGAGCUGCAGCAGAGGACGAGUACAUUCGACGGGAGCUCCACCAGGACACAAGCAACUUCUGCAAUGCAUUUUGGGGGUCGGGGGACGCCGGAUACGAGGCGAUACAGCACAGGAUGAAGACGGGCAACAGGACGAUGGAUGAUGUGAGGGCGUUGUACAAGGAGAGAGCCGACAUCGAAGCAGACUAUGCCAAGCGCCUAGCAAAGCUGUCCAAGACGGCAUUGGGCAAGGAUGAGACAGGAGCAACUCGACAUGCUCUCGACGUGGUACGAGCAGAGCUUGACAUGACUUCCAGGGUGCAUGCAGACUUGGCUGGCAUGGUACGCAAGGACUUAGAGGGGAGUCUAGCAGACUUCCAAUCCAAAGUCAAUGCAGCUCGCAAGCAAUCAUCGGCUGCUAUCGAGAAGCUUUUCAAGAAUAAGCAAGCGCAAGAGAACUACGUCAACAAAUCUCGGGAACGCUACGAGCAAGACUGCAUCAAGAUCAAUGGUUAUACUGCCCAGUCGAGCUUGGUCCAAGGCCGAGACCUGGACAAGGUGACCUCGAAGCUGGACAAGGCCCAAAGCACCGUCGCAGCAAAUGAGAAGGACUACCAGAACUUUGUCCGCGCACUGAAGGACACAACCUUGCGGUGGAACAGCGAAUUCAAGCAAUAUCUCGAUCAAUGCCAGGACGUUGAAGAAGAGAGGCUCGACUUUAUCAAGAGUAAUCUCUGGAAUUACGCGAAUGCGAUCUCAGCGGUCUGCGUUGCGGAUGAUGAGGGCUGCGAGAGGGUGAGAGUCGCUUUGGAAAGCUGCGAUACGCCGUCGGAUGUCAUGGUCUUCAUUCAGCAGAGAGGAACGGGACCUGCUAUCCCGGAUCCGCCGGAGUAUAUCAACUACAGUAAAGGACAGCCUCCGCCGGCACGACCGGCGUACCACACGGCCAACUUCCAGCGCAACUCCACAAGGGUCGUGCAGCCUGUACCGCCUAGCCAGCCAUUCGUCCCGGGUGCAUCUGCAGGACGCACGGUGGGUGGUGGUGGACCGCCGCCAGGUGCUGGCAAUGGCAAUAGUGGAGACGAUGGUAUGGGCGGAGGCGGAGGUGGGGCAGCAGGGAUGCCUGUCUCUCUUCCUUCGGUCAGCGGCGACGGAUUCGGUGGUGGACCAUCAAUGCUGCGCGGCACGGAAGACGAAGGUCAGCCUCCUCCGCCUCCAGCCGCCUUCAAGCCUCCGCCUGGCAGCAUCGGCCUUCCUGGAAUGGCCGCUGCUGCGGGGCCAAGCAAGUCCGCCGACAACGUACCGUCCCCCGUCAAGGCUGAGCGUCGCAUGUCGACCAAAAAUUUCCUGGCACGCACACCGUCAAUCGCCAACAGGGACAGCGUCGGAAGCAUGGCCUCACCUUCAAACUCCGCAGCAAAGCCAUCGACCUCUGAGCCGCAGAUACCCACAUCAACGUCUGGGUCGGAGGAGGAAGAUCCGAUCGCCAAAGCUCUGGCCAAUCUCCGCAUGAGACCCAAUACCAAGAGUCCCAACCCUGCUACGAGCCCUCUGCCUCCCACUGCAGGGCCGGGCGGCGCUGCUCACUCUCAAGCUCAAGGUCGUCCCUCCUCACGUCAACAACAGCGCCCUGCCUCGAUCAAUGCCGGAUCAGAUCGACCCACGUCUCCAGCUCCAGGCGCGGCCUUCAUGCAAGCUCCCCCACGUGCCGCCUCCCCCUUGCCAGUCGAAGAGGUUCUAGGGUCGUACGGCCAGUCCUUCCCCGGAGAGCGACGAAGCAUCUCGCGUCAGAAUUCGAUGACUUCCGCACGCAGUCAACAAGCGCCGCUUUCGCCUAGUAAGUCGUCGGCGAGCAAUGUGCCCGGCAGAUCGAAGAGCCCUGUGCCUGGUGUGGACGGUUUCGCUGGAGUUGGGGCGAGAGGACGUAGCCCUAGUCCGCAGCCGUUUGGGAGGCCGGCGUCGAGACAGCAGCAUCACGGGCAACAGCAGCAGCAUAAGCCCUCAAAUGCGUCCACUGCGACGGCUCGCCCUCAUCAUCAUCAUGGACAUUCGCAAGCGCAGGGCCCGCCGCAGCGUUCCACUACUCCUCUGGGUAUCUCGCUGGAUGCGUCUGGCUCUGUCACGCACGACCAGAUGGCCCAAGAGUUCAUGCAAAGGGCAGGGAGCGUACCGCCUCCCCAGCAGCAUGCUACGCCGGUACCUCAGCAGCAGGGCUAUGCUCAGCCUCCACCGCAGCAGCAUCAGGGGUACGGCCAGCAGCCACCUGCUUCGCCCUAUUACCAGCCUCAUCAGGGCCAGCCUACGCCUCAACAGCAGCAGCAGCAGCCGCAACAUCAGCAGCGGACCAGCUCUUACCAUGGUGGUGGGCAGCCAGGCGGCUACGGUACACCCUCCGUGCCAGCGACGAGCAGCCAGUUCACGAUCACACCGAAUCACUACGCGCCCAGCCCUGCGCCUUCUCACGCUCAGGCGCCGUCGACGCAGAGCGGCUACUAUGCUCAUCAGCCCCAGCAGCAGGCUCGCCCACAUCAGCCUCCUCAGCAGCAGCCUCAACAGGCGUACGGAGCCGCUCCUCCCUUCAACCACCAGGAUUCAAGCGGGUCGCUCAGCCAGGCGAGUGGGUAUGGGUACGCUCAGCAUCAACAGCCGCAGCAUCAACAGCAGCAGCAGCAGCAGCAGCAGUACGGCCAUCACCAGCCGUCUGCUAGCCAGAGCUUCCCGACGAUGCAGCAAGGGGCACAGCAGUAUGGUGCUCAGCCACCUCAUCAGCAGCAGCAGCAUCAGGCGUACGCGCAGCACCAAGCGCAGCCGUCCUACCAUGCACAGCAACAGGGCCAUGCCCCCGCGCCUGCUCAGGCGGAGUCCCCUGCUGCGGCCUACAUGCACCAGUAUCAACGACAGAGCAUGAUGCAGCAGCAGCAGCCCCAACCCCAGCCCCAGCAGGCUCAACAGCAGCAGCCGCAGUAUGCCAACCAGGGCGCUCGACCCGCGUCAACAGUCUCGACUCAAUCCCAACAGCAAAUCGCGCGUCCCCCCUCGACGUCCUCAACGCCUGCCCCAACAGGCCAAUACUCGGACCUCUCGCAUCGCCCGAUCCUGUUUUACGUCAAGGCUCUGUUCGACUAUCAAGCGCAAAGCGACGAGGAAUUCUCCUUCACUCAAGGGGAUAUCAUUGCCGUCACUCAGACGGAUGCGGAUGGGUGGUGGCAGGGAGAGCUCUUGGAUGAGGAGAGGAGAGAGCCGGGGAGGAACUUGAUGCCGAGCAACUUCGUUACGUUGCUUGAGGGUUGAAAAGUGGACAGUAGGUCUGAUCGGGAGCAAGGAGGCAGACGUUUGUGCUUGCGAGUUGUGACUUUCGAAUUGCAAAUCAUAAUGCCUGCGAGAG